CCCGAGUGCGUAGACAAACAAAAUUCACAAGCUCGCCUAUUUAUGUUGUAGUGACUUACGCACUUCUUUAGUGAGAAGUGAGAUCCGUUCAGUGCAAUCGCGUGUGUUCUCCAAGAUGAGACUGUACAGACCAAAGUUGGACUUGAAGGGUUGAAGUUUGAGAAUGAAAGACACAUUUUUUUGACUAAGGACUGGAUUCAUACACAACUGACAGUCAUCCCAAGGACACGCAUGCAAAGUGGCAUUAGCGCGCGCCUCGAGCUGAGCGAUUUCCAGAAAUCCUGGCUGACUCGCCGGCCAGCGCCACCGAUUCCCUGUGCUGAAGGGUGGCUGAUGGACGGACACUACGUCACAGCGUCCACAAUGCCACUGUAUAUAAUGGGUAGACCGGGCAGCAGAGCAUUCAUUCAGUUCUGAAAUUUCCAUCGAAAAACAAAUCCACCUCUGCUGCAGUCAUGGCCAAGAAACUUCUCUUCCUUGCUUCAAUUUUGAUUGCCUGCGGAGCUGCCCUGAGCGCUUCCAUCCCCCUGAUCACUGGCACCAAUGACUCCACCCCAGUCCUCACCCUGCCCUCUUCCUUCGACCUGACUAUCACUCAGGUUCCGAAGGAAGAUGACCUCCCCUCCGACGACCCAAGCGUUUACAAAUCUGUCAUCGAAGACCUGGAGGACGCCGACCUCGACCUCUCUGGAAUGAUCAACGACGAACCAGCAAAAGAACCUGAAGCUGCUGAUUCCUCGUCCUCGUCUGAAGAAAGCAAAGAGACCACCACAGUCGCUUCCGUCGCGCCGCUGCUGGUUCGUCAGGAGCGAUCUCCCCAAUGGCAUGGAGGUCAUCACGGCGGCCACCACGGCGGCCACCACGGAGGCCACCAUGGACAUCACGGCGGCCACCAUGGACAUCACGGCGGCCACAGACACCGUCGCGAAGCCAUGCCUGAGCCUCAGCACUGGGGAGGUCACGGAGGACACCACGGCGGUCACCACGGCGGUCAUCACGGUGGACACCAUGGCGGACACCACGGAGGUCAUCAUGGCGGUCACUGGGGACACCAUGGUUAAUCCAUUUUCAAGAGACUGUAUGGAAGGGGGGUCCACUUACUUGAAAUAUUUUUGCCCCAAAAUUCUUUUGUGUAAAAGUUACAAUACAAUAAAACUUAUG